AUGUUGCGGCUGUCCGAAGGCGCUCCGUCCUGGAGUCUCGCCGCUAAUGACAAUGACGGUUCCAGGCUGAGGGCUUUCACUGACCCGACUUUGGUCUUCCCCACAACUCGGCAUGCCCCUCUUACGCGGCCGAUCGCGACCGUGGAUCAGAGCACGGACUCUGGAGCUCAUUACAUCAGGACUUAUCAUCCUGAUGUCGAUAUACCGGCAGAAAUCAUUCGGGACGAGGUGGCAAACGACUACAAGAUCGCCCAAAGCGUUCACAAAUUCGAUCCUUACGAUGGUCAACUCCUGGAUGUCGCAGUUCGGCGGUCGGGAACACGUACAAGAGCAUAUGUCGUCUUUCCUAUGGGCGAUUCAGGCAAAGAACUCAAACCUCUGACUAUCCUGACGUCUCGUCGCAACGGCCUCAUUACCGUAUACGAUGUAUCCCGCGGCGACGGUGGUCUCGUUCAAUCUCACUCGUGGCCGUACGCUCUACCGCCUGUCGUCCCGACAGGAACGAACCUGGGGCACCUCGUCUUCCGACACCCUUUAGAUAGUAACGAAACUCCAGUCGCCUUGUACGGCAUGGAUUCCCGAGGGGGUGUCCACGGUAUGGAACUGGGUUUCGCAGCAGAAGAUGACAUAGGCAGCCUCCCUCCCUCCCGAUACGAUUUCGAAUGGACAGACGACGUACGGUUGCUUGAUGAUGAGUCAAUGAGGAUGAAACCCGAUUACGGGCCCAUGGCGGCUCGAGCGGAGGAGGUCGUCGAUUUUGAACUGGCGUAUAGAGCAUUGCUCGAUAUGCCUGAGGCGGAAUCCGGGGUUGCAGAUACUGUUUACGACAUGCUAGACAGAAUGCCCUCCUUCUGGCAGGAGUCUGAUAUCCCCGUCGAGCAGGCGGUAACAACCUAUGAUGUUGCAUUCCGUUCCGGAGAGGACCCUUCACAAGCCGGUCGCGCGGACUUUCUUUCGGGUAGUGCCCUCAAUUCCGUGCGUGGUUAUCGUGCGUUGACACAGGGGAGGAUACCUAUCGAGGACGUUGCCAAGAAUGCUGGUUGGCACUUCUCCGCUACCAGGUUCCUCCAGCAGUUCGUCGAGGAUAUGGAUGACGAUCCACUCCAAAUGGCACAGAACCUAUCUCGGUACGACCUGGAGCGCAGUGAAUAUAGGCCAGGGGCUUCUAUCCGGAGGGAAAUGGAAGCGCGCGAGCAGCUUGCUCUCGACCUGGCACUCGCAUCCAGCGUCUUCACUGCAGCUCCGAUCAGUCGACAUACUCUGCGGUCGAGAACGAGCGUCGAAGACCUGGAAUCGAUGUCACGGGCGACGGAAGCUAUGACACUUAGUGCGGAUGCCCCUCCGGUCCAGUUCUCCUUCUUGCGGCCUAUAGAGAAGAAAGUGGAAAAUCCAGAGGUUCCUUCAAGCGAUGACCACACCCACACGUCUAAGGGUGUAUGCCCCGCAGGCGUUCGCCUUCUGUUGCGGGAGUGGGAACCCACGAGUUCGACGGCGAAGUAUUCGUAUCAGGAUCCGUACGGUACUCUGGACCAACCCGCGCCUUUGCAACAAUCACGCCCGGCUGCUCAACCCGUUAAGGCCGCCGCGCAGUCCCAGCCCACCCGCGGCAAAGCUUCGCAACCCAAGCAACCGCCGACCAUCGUCCCCGCCGCCGCGAGAACGGGCCAGCAACCUGCCGCAUCCGUACCCACGCCGAUCGCCCCACCUCUCGUAGUCCCUUCCAAACACGAACCACAACGUGCGCCGAGGCGGCAAGCGGGAACGGGACCGCCCCCGGCUUUUGGCACUCAGGUUCAGUCGUCUCAACCGAGUCUGAGCUCGCAGCCGGGCAUGGUCGCGACGCAGGUGUUGCCUGGUCCCUUCGGUGGCCGAGUACCCGUAGCGAAGAAGAAACCUGCUAAGAAAAGGAUGGGCGGGUUCUGA